AUGGCCUUCGGCGAAGAUCAAGAGAUGAAGGACUUCAACUUCGAGUCGCAAAGCGCCACUCCACGCUCGUUCAUAACAACGCCAACUCACAAGACUUCCGAUUCGCCCACGGACCCAACUGGCCUUGACGACCUUCUCGCUCUGGAGGCGAUCGUCGACAGAGAGACGCUUGAGAAAGACAUCAAAAAGAUAGAAGCUCAGCUGAAGGAUGACUUACACUUGAAGGAACGUGGGCAUGGUGCCCUAAGGGCAGAUGCAACGCAAAUUGGCUCUUCAGGGGCAAGGGGCAACAUGCGCAGGGUACUGGUACCGAAGUCAGCCAGCGGUUCAAGAUUGAGAGAGAUGCAGACGUCAAAGAUGGAGGUAUCCGAGUACCCUUUAACACAUCAGGCGAAAACAAACCAAGGUACAGCCUCAGAUCGGACUGCUGUGGAGCAGGAGGCGGAUGCGAUGGACUUGUCUUGA